GGCAGGCGAGCGGCGGCGGCGGCGGCGGCGGUCGCCCCUACCGGCCCCAUGGCAGCGCCCGGCACCCCGGCCGACUGCGGCUACAUCCGCACGGUCCUGGGCCAGCAGAUCCUGGGACAACUGGACAGUUCCAGCCUGGCCCUGCCUUCUGAGGCGAAGCUGAAGCUGGCGGGCAGCAGCGGCCGCAGCGGCCAGGCGGCCAAGAGCCUGCGGAUCCAGGAACAGGUGCAGCAGACCCUGGCCCGGAAGGGCCGGAGCUUCGUGGCCAACGGAAAUCUGCACCGAACCAGCAGUGUUCCUGAGUAUGUCUACAACCUGCACUUGGUGGAGAAUGAUUUUGUUGGUGGACGGUCCCCUGUUACCAAGACCUACGACAUGCUCAAGGCCGGCACCACCGCCACUUUCGAGAGCCGCUGGAGAGGGACGGCGCAGUACAGCUCGCAGAAGUCGGUGGAGGAGCGCUCGCUGAGGCAGCCCCUGCGGCGCCUGGAGGUGUCCCCGGACAGCAGCCCCGAGCGCCUGUACUACGCGCCCAGCGACUCCCAGCCCGGCGUGCGCGGCCGGCCCGGCCAGGCCCCGUGGCCUCCGGAGAGCGUGCGCUCCGUGCCGCAGGGCGCGCCCCGCUACGCGCGCUCCGAGAUCGUGGGCCUGAGCCACGCGGGCGGCCGGCGGCGCCACUACGACACCUACCACAGGCAGUACCAGUACGCGGCGCUGGACGGCCCGGCCCUGCUCACCUACCCGCGGCCCGCCACCAGCCACAGCACAGGCAACCUGCUGGAGAAGGAGAACUACCUGAGCUGGGCGCCGCGGCCCGUGCCGCUCGUGCGGCAGAGCAGGGCGGCCAGGGCCUCCUGGCACCAGAGCUCCUUCCAGAGCGCGCGCACGCUGAGGGAGGCCGGGCCCAGCGCCGCCCUGGACGCCAGCGGCCGCAGGACGCACCUGACGGCCGGCCAGGUGGCGGCCGGCGCCUUCCCCGACGGGCAGCUCGGGAACAUGGACACGGAGAUGACGCUGGAGCGAGCAGUGAGUAUGCUGGGUGCAGACCACACGCCGCUGCCCAGGAUUCCUGCCGCAGCCACGUUCAUUCAGCACGAGUGCUUCCAGAAAUCCGAAGCGCGGCAACGGGUCAAUCAGCUCCGUGGCAUCCCCAAGCUUCUGCAGCUUCUCAAAGUUCAGAAUGAAGAUGUGCAGCGAGCCGUGUGUGGGGCCUUGAGAAAUCUGGUGUUUGAAGACAAUGACAACAAGUUGGAGGUCGCAGAACUAAAUGGGGUACCUCGGCUGCUCCAGGUGCUGAAGCAGACUCGAGACCUGGAGACAAAAAAGCAAAUAACAGGUUUGUUGUGGAAUUUGUCCUCUAACGACAAACUCAAGAACCUCAUGAUAACAGAAGCCUUGCUCACCCUCACGGAGAGCAUCAUCAUCCCCUUCUCUGGGUGGCCUGAAGGAGACUACCCCAAGGCAAAUGGUCUGCUGGACUUUGACAUAUUCUACAACGCCACCGGCUGCCUCAGGAACAUGAGCUCAGCUGGCCCUGAUGGGAGGAAGGUGAUGAGAAGGUGUGAUGGACUGAUUGACUCCUUGGUCCACUACGUCAGAGGAACCAUUGCGGAUUACCAGCCAGAUGACAAGGCCACAGAGAACUGUGUGUGCAUUCUGCAUAACCUCUCCUACCAGCUGGAGGCAGAGCUCCCAGAGAGAUAUUCCCAGAAUAUCUAUACUCAAAACCGGAAUAUCCAGACGGACAACAACAAAAGCAUCGGGUGUUUUGGCAGCCGAAGCAGGAAAGUAAAAGAGCAGUUCCAGGACAUGCCAAUGCCGGAGGAGAAGAGCAACCCCAAGGGUGUGGAGUGGCUAUGGCACUCCAUCGUGAUAAGGAUGUACUUGUCCCUGAUUGCCAAGAGUGUCCGAAACUUCACGCAGGAGGCCUCUUUAGGAGCUCUGCAGAAUCUCACAGCAGGAAGUGGACCAAUGCCGACGUCGGUAGCUCAGACGGUCGUCCAGAAGGAAAACGGGCUCCAGCACACCCGGAAGAUGCUGCACGUCGGUGACCCCAGUGUGAAAAAGACCGCGGUCUCCCUGCUGCGGAACCUGUCGCGGAUUCUCUCUCUGCAGAAUGAAAUCGCCAAAGAAACUCUGCCAGAUUUAGUCUCCAUAAUUCCCGACACAGUCCCAACUACGGACCUUCUCACUGAGACUACAGCCUCUGCCUGUUACACACUGAACAACAUCAUCCAGAACAGUUACCAGAAUGCACGAGACCUGCUGAACACCGGGGGCCUGCAGAAAAUCAUGACCAUCAGCGCAGGCGAUGCCUACGCCCCCAACAAGGCCAGCAAAGCAGCCAGCGUCCUGCUGUAUUCCCUGUGGGCACACACGGAGCUCCACAACGCCUACAAAAAGGCUCAGUUUAAGAAGACAGAUUUUGUCAACAGCCGGACUGCCAAAGCCUAUCAUUCCCUUAAGGACUGAGGAGAAGGGAAGAGGACUCUCGGAAAUACCAGCCUCACCAUUCUCAGCUACAAGAAAACCCCAAAGGAAAACACCUAUUUUUCUACCAUGCAGCCCAGGAAACCCUGGAACACAUGCUUGCUUCUGUCCUUCUCUAUUGCCAAGGUCUCCAGAAUCCAGAAA